AUGAAAAACGAAAGUGAAAGCAGAGUUUCAAUUGAUAAUUUAUCAAUCAAUAAGGCCACAGCUCCCUAGGUAACUAAUUACAAGUAAUUGGUUUGUUGUUUCGUAAAAUAAAUGCUCUUUGAUGUAGUGAUUCCUGGAUAGAAGAUGUUCACUGAAGACAAGAAACAAAACCUGAGAAACUAGAUCUUAUUCUAUCAACAAGGCUUCGCAAGAAAUAUGAAUGAUGAAUAAGCAUAUUCAGAAUUGAUAUUGUUAACUACAUCAUCUCCUUAAUUUAUAGAAAUGCUCAAAAUGACAUGCUAUAGUUUGAUAGGAUAAAAUCAAGAGAUUGAAGCUUAAAUCAAUAAGGAAUUGAAUAGAAGUAUAUCGUCAAUCGAAACAUUUUGUGGAAACAUUAAGAUGAUCGAAAAAACUAUAACCAUUAAUUGGUCAACUAAUAGAUAAAAGCUAUACAGUAAAACGAUUAUUGAUAUAAUCAUGAGAGGGUUGUUGCUCAGUUAUAUCUUAGAGAUCAUCAUCAGAUCCUCUUUGAAACAAGACUUUACGUUUAAUUUUUCAAUUACGAUUGAAUACAAUCAAUGUUGUUUAGAAAAAGAGGUCUAACCAGUAUUUAAAAUUCGUGAUCAGACAACAGAAUAUGAAUUUAAAUUUUAUAAGCUUUGA